CUCUUCGCUACCAGCUCAACUCUUACCGGAACAGGAAGUCGUUAUCGAAAAAAAAAAUAUGUUCCGACAGAUUUCGCUACUGGUGGCUCUGCCCGCUAUGGUGCUUGCAGGUGGCGCGAACGACGUUUACUACACCGGUGACGGCACGGCGAACGGGGUGGGCAAGGCCGCUGCAGCCACGUGCGGCGCCGGCGUCGACGACAAUUACGUCGCGAUUAACAGUGACCAGUGGAACUCGACCCAGAACUGUAACAAAUGCGUCGAAGUCUCGUGCGACGACGACCGGUGCAGCGACCAGACCAGCUCCGUGGUCGCGUAUGUGGCCGGAGAGUGCAUCGACUGCGACGACGAAGGCCUGGACCUGUCCCCGACGGUUUUCAAGAAACUUACGGGCAGUGACCCGUCCCGUUACACUAUCAAGUGGGAAUUCACGGAAUGCCCCAACUCUUUCAAUGCCCUGAAGGGUAGCAACGCAUACCAGGCCGGUAAGGUGGAGCCCGCCGACGAGAAGCAGAGCAAGGUGAGCAUUCUGCAGGCGAACGAGGAAGGCGUCGAGAACCAGAAGGACGACUCGGAGACGCAGCAGACGAACACCAAGUCCGGCGCUGACGGAAUAACGCACAAAGGCACCAGCCCGUUCAUUGUGGUUCUCAUCGUAGCAGGCGCCGUGUGCGGUAUCGCUUUGGCUGCCGUCUUCUACACUGCCAAAAAGAAAAGCAACAAACACGACGAGUGUUUGACCAAAUCUUUCGACACGUUCAGCUCUCCUGCGCAGAAGAAGAAGAAGGCGGCUAUUGUCACGAUCUAAGCGACGCUACGUUAGGUUGGUUGUCAUGUGUUUCAUGAGGCAGAGGUUUCAACUGGAAGGCUGCAGUGUGCGGCUUUCGAUCGACCGGUAGCGUACGUGCAUGUUCAAUGUUUGAUUUUCAAUGGGUCAGUGGCAGUGGAACCACAACUAUCGCAGGCGUAUAAGUGAAUACACACGAUGGUAACAUGAUGUUCAAACAUGGCGUGCAACGCAAACCUCCUCCAGUAUGUACGUCAACGAGAGCAUUUUUGAAUGGAGUACAUUUACA